AUGUCUAGUUAUAAACGCAGACGACUUGACAGCCUAGGCAACCACACAGACAUUAAUCCCUUCAUAGACAUUGAAGCAGCGGUUUCCGAUGAUGAUGAAAGUUCGGAAGAGCUUGAUUAUGAAGGGGGCCAACUACUGAAUGAUAACGAUGAAUACUCUGAGGAUGAGGAACGUGUUGCACACUCUCGGCUAUAUCAUGCCAUGCAAAAUACAGAUAACGCUGAUGAAUGGAGCGAUUUGUUGCCCAUGCUUCUGCCUUCACGCAUGAAAAUUUGUCCUGACAAUGAUAUAGAGCCAUCUAGUUCACGAGAACUUAUACAGAAAUAUGGCAAUCCCCAACCAGGAGGACUUGGUGAUAAUAAUUAUAUGCCUUCCGCGACUGAUAUCAUGUAUGAAAUAGGUUGCAAGGUUGGACGCGAAGAGGCCGUCGCUUUCAAAAUUAUGCAGAUGUCAACGAACCCUACAUUUCCCAUCAUCCUUGCCCGGUCUGUCUUCGCUCAAUCCUCAAUUCCUGGGAGAAUCUACGUCGAGGCGCCAUCAAUGCAACAUGCGCAUACGUUAGCCUGCCUCGUUAGAGAGCUUAAUCCGACACAUUUAGUUAGGCUAUCCUCGGAGAGAUGUAUGGAGAUCCUAUCUCAUCCCCCACCCUCACGCCCUGAAGACCAAUUGUGGGUCAAGGUUGCUGGAAAGCGUAAGGCUUGGACGACCUACGCAAAUGCUACCGGCCUUGUGUUCACAUUCCAGGGUCGGAAAAGUGUUGUUCUUAUCCCCAGACCUCCGGACAACAUCAAGAAAUCGCACCUCGACAGGAUAUUCCAGGAUGGAUUUAUUAUCACGGAUUUCGACGCCAUCGAUCUCAAAUAUCUUUCCAAUGUCCUCCCAACAUCGUCCGAGUUGGAGCAAUUUCGCGAGUGUCCAUUUGUAACGACGGAGACCUUAGCGCAAGCCUCGAAAGCCAUCUCCAUGACUCGACUGAAACAAUAUGAUUGA